AUGGCUGCAGCAGCAGUUGCUGGAAUUAUUCCUGUGCUUCAUUCUCUUGCUGGUGAUGAGAGCAGCUAUUACAUUGGACGUAAACUGUGGUUUGGCUUUUUAGGGUUAUACACAGUGGUGAUCUAUGUAGAACGUUUGCCGUGGAUCUAUCUGCACAAGGACUUUCUAUGCCAUGGUAAUCUCUCAAGCCCCUGCCUUGGAGAAUGUUUUGAACAACAUUUCCAUAAGCCUAUCAUUGGGACAUGGUACAUGUCCUGUUUCCUUUUCCUGUGUGCAUUCCUUCUGAUGGAGUUUUUUGUGUCCCAGCUACGGCACAAACAAACCAAAGUCAAAGCUCAACAGGAGAACGAAGCUGAACUCAGCUCAAUGACAGGAGUCCAAGAAGACAGCUCAAGCCAUAAGGGCGUUCGCAUUAUAGACUUCCACAUUCAGAAGUCAGUGCUUGGCUUAUACCUUUUCUAUUUCUUAUUGCAACUGGUAAUCCAGGCAGUAUUUCUGUCUAUUCUGAUAAAUGAUCAGUUGCCCCGGGUCAGUGGCUACCCUAUAUUAUGCAGCACCACAAACUGCCUAGGCCCUUACCAAUGCCUGGUCCAGGGGUCAAUGGAGAAAAGAAUGUCAAUAUAUACCCUGGCUACACUUGCUGUGAUGAUCAUUGUCUUUUGCAUUGCAUUUUUCUUGUAUAGUAUUCAUCAUUAUGUACUAAAAGGGCUACAGCAACUUGGAGCACAUGACUUGUGGCUGUGGGAAGUUUGA